UGCGCGGCGGGCGGCGGCGGCCGGGGAGGCCGGGGAGGCCCGGGAGGCCGCGGCGCGGUCAGUCGAGCCGAGCCGAGCCGAGCCGAGCCGCGCCGAUCGCCAUCGGCCCCGGCUCUCGUGGGCGGUCCCGGCCGGCGGCGCGGCCUGGCGGGCCGGGCGGCGCUGCAGCCCAUGGAGCUCGAGAACAUCGUAGCGAACACGGUGCUACUCAAGGCCCGGGAAGGUGGUGGCGGGAACCGCAAAGGCAAGAGCAAGAAAUGGCGCCAGAUGCUACAGUUCCCCCAUAUCAGCCAGUGUGAAGAGCUUCGGCUCAGCCUUGAGCGUGACUACCACAGCCUGUGUGAGCGUCAGCCCAUUGGGCGCCUGUUAUUUCGUGAGUUCUGCGCUACAAGGCCUGAGCUGACCCGCUGUACUGCCUUCCUGGAUGGGGUGGCUGAGUACGAGGUGACCCCUGAUGAGAAACGGAAGGCAUGUGGGCGCCGACUAAUGCAGAAUUUUCUGAGCCACACGGGUCCCGACCUCAUCCCUGAAGUCCCCCGGCAGCUGGUGAGUAGCUGUGCCCAGAGGCUAGAGCAGGGACCCUGCAAAGACCUCUUCCAGGAGCUGACCCGGUUGACCCACGAGUACCUAAGCAUGGCCCCUUUUGCCGACUACCUCGACAGCAUCUACUUCAACCGUUUUCUGCAGUGGAAGUGGCUGGAAAGGCAGCCAGUGACCAAAAACACCUUUAGGCAGUACCGAGUCCUGGGCAAAGGUGGCUUUGGGGAGGUCUGUGCCUGCCAGGUGCGGGCAACAGGCAAGAUGUAUGCAUGCAAAAAACUGGAAAAGAAACGGAUAAAGAAACGGAAGGGGGAGGCCAUGGCUCUCAACGAGAAGCAGAUCCUGGAGAAAGUGAACAGUAGGUUUGUAGUGAGCUUAGCCUACGCAUAUGAGACUAAGGACGCACUGUGCCUGGUGCUGACAUUGAUGAACGGAGGUGAUCUCAAGUUCCACAUCUACCACAUGGGCCAGGCUGGCUUUCCUGAAGCACGUGCUGUCUUCUAUGCUGCCGAGAUCUGCUGUGGCCUGGAGGACCUGCACCGGGAACGCAUUGUAUACAGGGACCUAAAGCCAGAGAACAUUCUUCUGGAUGACCAUGGCCACAUUCGGAUCUCCGACCUGGGACUGGCCGUGCAUGUGCCUGAGGGCCAGACCAUCAAAGGCCGAGUGGGCACUGUGGGCUACAUGGCACCAGAGGUAGUGAAGAAUGAACGCUACACAUUCAGUCCUGACUGGUGGGCGCUGGGCUGCCUCCUGUACGAGAUGAUUGCAGGCCAGUCACCCUUCCAGCAGAGGAAGAAGAAGAUCAAGCGUGAAGAGGUGGAGCGGCUGGUCAAGGAAGUGGCCGAGGAAUACACAGACCGCUUUUCCCCACAGGCUCGCUCCCUCUGUUCUCAGCUUCUCAGCAAGGACCCUGCUGAGCGCCUGGGGUGUCGCGGAGGUGGCGCCCGUGAGGUAAAGGAGCACCCCCUUUUCAAGAAACUGAAUUUCAAGCGGCUGGGAGCUGGAAUGCUAGAGCCGCCUUUUAAGCCUGAUCCCCAGGCUAUUUACUGCAAGGAUGUCCUGGACAUUGAACAGUUUUCUACAGUUAAAGGUGUGGAUCUGGAGCCCACAGACCAAGACUUCUACCAGAAGUUUGCCACGGGUAGUGUGUCCAUCCCCUGGCAGAACGAGAUGGUGGAGACCGAGUGCUUCCAGGAACUCAAUGUCUUUGGGCUGGAUGGGUCUGUUCCCCCAGACCUGGACUGGAAGGGCCAGCCCACUGCACCCCCCAAGAAGGGAUUGCUACAGAGACUCUUCAGUCGCCAAGAUUGCUGUGGGAACUGCAGCGACAGUGAGGAAGAGCUCCCCACCCGCCUCUAGCCCCCAGGCGGAGUCCCCCACCGGCGGUUGGCGGUAGCAGCUACUCUCAGUGACGUUUACAGUUUUGCACAGUGGUGUUCCCCAUUGACCACGCAAGUCGUGGUCUGUGGAACAUAGCCGGAACUGUCCCCAGUGUCCUCCGUUCCUCAGCCACUGGCCCAGCUGAGUUUGACAAGGCCUGGGCCAUCUUGGGACAAAGGUGCGUCCCUUCAGCUCUUCUCUGUGGAGCUCGGGGCUUUCUGUAUUUAUGUAUUUGUACGAAUGUGUAUAGCUAGCCGAGCGCUCUUAAUUCCAAAUGGCACCCCAGGGCAACCAGCCCCGGCCAGGAGAGCCAGGAGCUGGCAAGAGGAGCCAAUGCCGAACUCCAGGCUUCUGGGGCCCAGUCCAGAUGAACAAGCAGAGUGUGGGCCAGGUCAGACCUCUGACCCCAGCAUUGCACUGGCCACCACCGACCUCCAAGUGAGACUUGUGCCUGUCUGUUGUGGACUGAGGCCACCACCUUCUGGUUGCCCAAUGCUUUCACUCUUCCUCAGCAUUUGUCAGAGCUGGAGAUGGGGGCUUUGUAUUCUCUAGGCCUGGGUCAUAGUGUAACACAGACUGAGCUGACUGGGACCCAUCAAACCACUGCCCAAGGUGGGCUGCUUUCUGCCUUCUAGCUCCCAGAGCACAUUAGUCCUUAUUCUGGGUCAUAUACUGAAGACACCUUUUUCAGAAAUGCCCCGAUCCAGGCCAUAAGAGGGGUGAGAAUUAGCCCUCCAACAUUCCAGAAUCCCUCAUAAAGUAGACAUGUGCCCAGCAAUAAUCCACCCUUCCCUGUGUGUGCCUGUUAGGGGCAGGGGUGAGUGUAUAUCAUUGUGUGAAGAGAGUAGGGUAAGGCUGUGCCUAAGCCCCAGACCCUAGCCCUGGCCUUUCCCAGACUGUGAUGGCUGUCCUGAUGCUAGUUAGGACAGCACGGGACCAUAAGGCCCUGGCUUUUCCAUAUUUAAAGCCAAUGUAAGCUGCCAUGUGUCUCUAUGUGACCAAUGUGAGCUGCCAAUGUGUCUGUGCGAAUACAGUCUGAGCACAAGGCUGGCCAGCCACC